UCUCAAGGAGCGCCCCACUUUCUCACGGGCCGGCCGCCGAACGGUGGCCAAUUUAGUCGCGUUUUGUUCGACGGGUCCACGGCAAUAAUUACCCAUUGUCGACGCCGUAGUAAGGGCUAUUCAGUCGUGGCGAGUGAGUAAUUGUCAAUAGCCGGAGUUUGUUUGCCCGGAUCACAGGCAAGUAGCAGCGAAAAGGUACAUGUGUACACAUACGCGCUUUACAUAAUCGUGAAGUCAGAAUUGAUCGCGCGCCGCCUCCUCGGGGGUCGGGUUUCGAGAUUGACAGCGUUGCCGUGGCAACCAGCGCCACUGAUAUCCGCUGAUAGGCCAAUAAGCCAAUCAGGUGUCGAGCAGACGACCGUGCCACGGCAGGCAGUAAUAUUCAGCGGUAUAAGUAAACGCGAAGUCUGGCGCGUGGUUUUGACCAGUGUCCGAAUGGGACAAACACGAAUUCCACGCGUAUAAGUUGUACGAUCGCGUCUCGCGCCGCUAGCAGUCGCCGAUCGGCACACGCUCAAUGCAAGACGGAGUACAAGUGUCGUACCCGCACAACAUGAUGGUAAAUUCAAGCACGGAGCUGGGUCUGCCGAGUUUUGGUUUCACGCAGGAGCAGGUCGCCUGCGUCUGUGAGGUACUGCAACAGUCCGGCAACAUCGAGCGUCUUGCCCGCUUCCUGUGGUCGCUGCCCGCCUGCGAGCACCUGCACAAGAACGAGAGUGUUCUCAAGGCGAAAGCGCUCGUCGCCUUUCACAGACAGAAUUUCAAAGAGCUCUACAAGAUACUCGAGAGUCAUAAUUUCUCGCCGGCGUCGCAUCCGAAGUUGCAGGCGCUCUGGCUGAAGGCGCAUUACAUCGAGGCGGAGAAGCUACGAGGGAGACCCCUCGGUGCCGUCGGGAAGUACAGGGUCCGUAGGAAGUUCCCGCUGCCGCGCACGAUAUGGGACGGAGAGGAGACGAGCUACUGCUUCAAGGAGAAGUCGAGAACGGUGCUGCGAGACUGGUACGCGGCCAACCCGUACCCUUCCCCGCGCGAGAAGCGAGAGCUGGCCGAAGGCACGGGCCUCACGACGACACAAGUUUCAAAUUGGUUUAAGAACAGACGGCAGCGGGAUCGAGCGGCCGAAGCCAAGGAGAGAGAAGAGAAAUCCGCUAAUAACAAUUCUCUGCUCAGCGCGGGUACCGGACAAACAAGCUUGGCGAGCGACGACGAUGACGAUUCCAAGCCUGCCAUCUCUCCCGACAUGCACUCGCAGCAGCAACAGCAGCAGCAGCAGCAACAGCAGCAACAGCAGCAACAACAGCAGCAGCAUGUUCAGCAUCAGCCUCAGCAGCACGGCCCGCCCGACCACAGCCCCAAGCACCACACCGACCACCAGCAUCAACAUCAGCACGCCGCCAUGUUCGGCGGGAUGUCCUCAUCGGCGCAGCAGCAUCAGAUACAGGCCCUCCUCAACAUGGGCAUGAGUGGAAUCCCGGGGGUAGGCGGCGGACCAGUCGUCGUGUCAAGCUCCAGCGAACAGCACGGACUACUGUCCGACUAUCAGACAUUAUGACUAUAUGGCAGUCAAGGCGGGAAUGGUAACAAAUUAGUGUGAACUAGUUAUAAACUAACAAACCCGGACUGGCUAUACCUACAACGGUUUCGCACGCAUAGCGGAGAGCAGCGAUAUAUUCGAUGACCACACAUAUGGAAUUCCCUAUCGGAUAUUACAGCCUCUGCGUGUAACAACUCGCUGCAAGAUGUGUUAUAAACGAAUUCAAUUUCAUUUCACAGCUUUAUUAUACCGAGAGACGCGCAUAUAUUUUCCCAUAAAUUAACUAUCUCUGCGUUAGAAAUAACGAUUCCGACGACUUCCGAUUAUUUAACCCAAUUCUGGAUUUACAUCAGCUGUUUCGAAACACUGUAACCGUUCCAACAACAGUUACUUCGUUUUAUACUUCCCAUUCAUUUCACUUCUCCAUGACUGUAGCAGGCAGUAAUGCUUCGUUUGCAACGAUUCCUAUCGCUAGUGUUUCGCGUAGUAUUGCGCACGGGCUCGUAAAUGUGCGGACGGUUGGUUUUGAGCUGAGGUUUGACCCGGUGUUUCAAACAGUAUUCUCUAUAGAAGAUCCUACAGUGCUCGUUUCGGUGAAUGGCACUGACGGCAUCCAGAUUUGGUGAAACGCGCGUUCGCUGCUUCGUCGUUGUCGGCAGGCGAAUAUAAUAACGAGAUUAACCGCCUUCUCUCAACUUGGCAACAUGUAUGCGAACGAGUAAAGGCCGGAAAAAAAUCAAGCAGCCAAACUCGUAGCGAAUCCUGUUGGGGCUUCUUAGGAAAAGCAGCAUCGUCGUAAAGCAGAAAGUCUGUUGUGAGAUGUUCCCCACAUGUGUUGAUCCAGUGCCAUUCCCCGCAUGCCGCGCUCGUAGGCGACCAUCUGUUGGUUAUAAAUUCCGAUUUUUCUGUGUUUAUAUGUGCAAAAGUUUGUGUAAUAUAUUUGUAUUUUUCUAGUCUUUCACCCACACGUAUAUAAUUCUCUAUGUCUAUUUAGAUUAUAGGCUGGGGCGGAAUAGCGCACGAUGCUGUCACACACGCAUCCGACCGACCCUCGUCUGGGUUGAACUAUUCCAAGCUGUUUGAGUUUAUAAUUUGAAGUAGAUGUGAGGUUAAAAAAAUGUAGACUGAGAACCUUCGUCGUGGACCAGCAGUAAUUAUAUCGGUGAUCAAAGGUUUGCAAUUUAUUUCGCGCUGUUUUUAACAUUUUACGCCGCUUCCUCUAUCGUCGGGGUACCAAUGUACGUGGAUGGGAGGUCGAGUGGUUAUGUACACUCAGAGACAAUUUUACCAAAGAGUAUUGUGACGUUAAAUAGAUUCACAAAUUCAGGAAUAGCUCAUUCAGAAAUUUGCUAUCUUGGUAUAAUGAUAUUAUAAUAUUGGUUCGAAUCAAAAUUAUUUGUAUCGUAUACGGUUUGUACAUAAUAUUUUUUUUCGUAGUAGCUUGUCUAUACUGUUAAUUGGACUUUGUUUCUGUGAAGGUGUAUUAUCAUGGCAUGCUUAGAUCUAUUGAUAUUGAUCUGGAAUUGCGUGUCCACAAUGUGUAACGUAUAAGUCGUCUAUAUUAAAAAAUAUAGUAUGCAGUAUUUACCAGAA